AUGGCAGAAAACGAGCUGGGAAUUUGGUUUCGGAGCAUACCUAUUGUGACUCGGUGGUGGUUUUCUCUGUCCAUCAUAUUUCCACUUCUUGGAAGAAUAGGGCUAAUAAAUGGAUGGUAUAUGAUACUUGAUUAUGCCAGCAUUGUUUAUCGAUUUCAGGUAAGAGAUUAGUGUAGGAGAGGCAAUGAAUUUGGCGAGGAACUAGCCAGUUACAAUGUUUUUAAUUCUGUAUUUUAGCUAGAGCACCUGUUUACAAUAAUUAAUCUCCAGUGAAUGAAGUUGAACGGGAGUUGAAUGAAGCUUGUUUGCGUCGUUGUUUUUGGCGACGCAUGUACUCAUGACAAACUUUGUAAUAAACUUAAAAUAAGGGUGCCUCAGCUCAUGUAACUAUGAUGAGUUAUUAUUUUUACACUAUUCAUAACAAUGUCCUGCUAACUCAGUGUGUUCUUUAAUUAGCAGUGGUCGCAAGACGUCCGGGCAAUAGAUACCAAUGGGUCAUGGCAUUUAGUGUCCGUUUUAAUUGGGUAUUUUCAUUACAUAUAAGCAAGCUCUCAAAAAAAGUCAUGGACACAUGUUUUUUCGAUGUGAAGACUAAAGCAGACAUUUUUAUAAGAAAAUGUUGUCUAAUUUCUUUACUAUAACUGUAACAAGAGUGACCAGUUGUUUUGCCUGCGAGUCGUUUUGCUAACGUCCCUUUCACUAAGCUCAAGAAGUGAGAUGAGCGCUGCAGAUGUAACACAUCUGCAGUGCUUUUUUUGCUUCUUGAGCAUAAGUUAUAUACCUCGUUCUCUCAGCCAUUGUAAUAAACUUGGUUUAAGAAAGAACGGCAACGACUAAACUGUAUGUGUUGACCAGCUCAAGGAUUUAUUAAUCUAGUUGCGAAUCUUACAAGAGGGUGGUUCGUAUACUUAUGUCCGUAUAUAAAAUUACACGUCAAUCAAAUACGAUAUGGUAAUAUUAUUACAUCUCCCUUUUUGAGAAUAAAACAAAACAUUUUCACAAAAUCUAAAAACUGUAAUGAUCUGUAAUGAUGAGCGAGUUAGACAACAAGGAACGACAAAUUCGGUAAAACGCAAUGACAUAUAGUUCAAUGGCACAUGGUUCAAUGUUUAGAAAAUUCAUGGCAUAGUCCUUAAAUUUAGCGGGAAGGGUUUUGGUUCUACUGGAAGUGCGUCUAGUAGGAGGAGUUGGAGACUUGUUGGAAAAUACUGUUGCAUGAGGCUGUUCAUUAGUGUAUGGUCUGAGUUUCUGUAUCGGUUUCUGUCAUGUGAUGGUCAUUGUCCUAGGGCACUGAUAGGUUAGGAGGGGGGUCUCCAGUCUGCAAGAGAUCCUUACGGUUUCAGUGAUAUUGUUGUCCAGUCGCAGUUGUGACUAAGUAGGGCCGCGGUGUUUCUGCUUUCGCGUCCACUAUGGCUGGGGUCCAGGUUUUUCCUUGUCGCAGACGGACAACUUCCUGCAGUUCCAAAGUUGUGAGUGGCUUUGUGCCUUGAUUGUAGUGAUGUACUUGUCACUGUUGGCAGGCUUUCAGUUGCUGGUAGACCUCGGUAACCAACUUUGGUUGUAGCAGCUCUGUUAUUACUGGGAUUUUUGUUUUAGUGACGCGACUCAUGAGGAGCUGUGAUGGGGAGUACGUCAUUCCUGUCACUGGGGUGUUUCUGAACUCCAAAAGGCCAAUGUAUGGCCAAUGUACUUGUCUUCUUAAGAAUUCGCUUGAUGGUCUGUACAGCUUUCUCACUGACACCAUUCGCUUGAGGAUAAGUGGGACUUGAGGUGGUGAGUUUGAAUCCCCAGUCACUUGCAAAGUGUUUGAAUUCCUUGCUGUUGUAUGGCAUGUUGUCUGAUACAAGCUCUUCAGGGAUCCAUGCCUUGCGAAGAUUGACUUCAUGUGCGUGACAAUGGUUCCUUCGGUUUUGUCACACAUUAGGUUCGUCUCAAUGAACUUGGAAUAGUAGUCCACUACUACUAGGUACGGUUUUCCUUUGUGCUCUUGAAAUACAUCAGAUCCGAGCUUUUGCCAUGAGCGAUCUGGUAUGGUGUGGGGAAUCAUCGGUUCCUUCUGAUUGUUGUGUCUGUGUGUCAGGCAGAUGGAACACUUCGCAACCGUGUCAUGGAUGUCACGUGACAUUCCAGGCCAGUACACAAUAAUUUGCUCUCGCACAUGCUUUGCACUUUUCGAUUCCAAGAUGACUUUCAUGUAUUAGAUCAAGAAUGCUGCUCUGCAUGGUUUUUGGAAUAAUUAGCUGUCUUCCUUUGAAAAGAAGACCGUCGGCUUCACUUAGCUCGUUUCUGAUAUUCCAGUGUGGUAUGAGAAUGGGUUUUAAGGCCUUUCUGUGUGUUGGGAAACCUUCUGCUAUCUGUGUUUUCAGCACCUGUAGUGCUUCAUCUUUGGCAGUUUCUUCUUUCAUCUGUUUUGACUUUUCUGGGCUUGCUGGGAUUUCUUGGAUAACACGGUGCGCCAUAACUUCGAUGUCAUCAUUGAGUGGUAUAUCCUCAACAGUUU